ACACGAAACCCUAAAUAUUGUGGUAGAGAGAGAGAGAGAAGAUGAACAAAUGGUUGGGGUUUCCUUUGACACCUCAUUUGAGAAUCUGCGAUAGAGAAGAAGAAACUGACGAAGAAGAACUUAGACACGACGGUUCCGAUGGUUCUCUCUUCUUCGCCGAUCCUCUCACACAUCAUCCUUCUGUUGGGAGAUAUAAUAUUAAUCAUGAUCACCAUCAUCAUCAUGAAGAGGAAGUGCCAAACUCUCAUCAAACCGAGUAUCCUAUGAAUCAUAACCAAACCAAUAUCGAUUACACCACUGUGAUUAACGGAUUAUACCCACCAGGUUACUUUUUCCAAGAACAAACCGUAGUUACACCACAAUACCCGAACCUAAGCAAUGAUUAUAGAGAUUUUGAGAGGGUCGGUUCGGUCUCGGAUUCCAAAUCUUGGUUAAGGCAAGGAACUCCAACAUUUCCACUCUCGAGUAGUUACGUUACUGAAGAGGGUGGUACGAGCAGUAACAUUAGUCAUAUGAGCAAAGAAGAGAGUACUGGUUUAAACACCAAUGGCUCGACGCUGUCACUGGCGUUGAGCCAAGGCGCUUGUUCUGAUUUGAUUAACUGCUCGAAUGUAUCUAUGCCGCCGGUUAAGGUAGAUGAGAAGCGGAAGAGAUUGGAUGGUAAAUCGCAGGUGGUGAAGGAACCGGUUCCUCGGAAGUCGGUUGAUAGUUUCGGACAAAGAACUUCGCAGUAUCGUGGAGUUACAAGGCAUAGAUGGACAGGGAGGUAUGAAGCUCACUUAUGGGAUAAUAGCUGUAAGAAAGAGGGACAGACAAGGAAAGGAAGACAAGUGUAUCUUGGAGGGUAUGAUGAUGAGGGGAAAGCAGCGAGGGCUUACGAUUUAGCGGCUCUGAAGUAUUGGGGUCCUACCACUCACUUAAAUUUCCCUGUGAGUAAUUACGAAAAGGAGAUCGAGGAACUCAAUAACAUGAAUAGGCAAGAAUUUGUUGCCAUGUUGAGGAGGAAUAGCAGUGGGUUUUCAAGGGGAGCUUCUGUUUACAGAGGAGUUACAAGGCAUCAUCAGCAUGGAAGAUGGCAAGCUAGAAUUGGAAGAGUUGCUGGAAACAAGGACUUGUACCUUGGCACAUUUAGCACGCAAGAAGAAGCAGCGGAGGCGUACGAUAUCGCGGCAAUUAAAUUCAGAGGCUUAAACGCUGUAACCAAUUUCGAUAUAAACAGAUAUGACGUGAAGAGGAUAUGUUCCAGCUCUGCCAUUGCCAACAGCGACCAGGCCAAACGUGAUUCCACCACCGGCCAGUGACAACAACCACCGUGAAACUUUCUCGCCGGGGAGACUAUUCCCACUGUUGGUUUGACGAACCUAUGAGUUUGAAAUAGUAGAAAUAAGUUUCGUCGAGUACUCUCGUUAUACUAAACGCGCGUUACUAAGUUAAUUAGAUAUACAACAUUAUUUAGCAAAUUAGGUUAUCAAAAUCCAGGAUUACUAGCUAUUUAUGAUAUACUUUGAUUUAAAUGUCAUUAUUUUCGGCAUGAAUUAAAAAUGAAAAUUGUUUGGUUUGAAUCGAUA